UUGGUGACGGGGAGGUUUAGUUUGACCACAGUCAGAAGCCGUGUGUUGUGGUCCCGCCCACCGCUGCAGCCGCGCAGCUUUUCCUGCCGUGCCUCUGCGCGCCGCGCUCUCUCAUUGGUCCAGCCAGCGGACCAAUCAACAGGCAGCAAGGCUUGCGGAAAACACGGUCGAGUCCACGUGCAGCAUGUAUACAGAAAAAAAAAACAGGCUUGAAAUACUGCGCAUGCGCAUUGAGCUGCAUGCUCUCGUGCCUCCUCGUUUCGGAAUCGGAGACUGGUUCGGUGAUACUUCUUCUUCUUGUGCUCCAAUAAUUUAAGAGGUCGUGACGAACCCGUUCGGAACCGCCCGGUUAUCUUUUCAGAAGUAAACUCCCGUUCAGACGAGACGCUCCACACCUUGACGUGCCUCGUGCUUGCUUUGCGGCAGCUGAUUGGUGGCCUUUAAAGCGACACUUCUGAAGAAGCACCGAGACGGAGCGCCGGGGAUUGUUUUUUUCCCACUCUGCCUCUUCAUCGCUUCAUCCCAUCUGUUGGAGCGCGCUCGCCAAGGCUGUUUCAUAACCGGAGAUUUGUCUCUGAGUGACACCUUUCGCUCCGGAUCGUCUAUUGUUAGUGAAGCCUUUCAGGAGGCUCACAAAAACAUCAUUUUCUUUUAGAUUUUCUCCUAAUUUGUUUCAACUAUGGUUCACUCGUGUUCACAUAGUAGUCCCACUUGAACAGAAGUCGCUCUAGUCAAACUGCGCCAGCCUCAUCCUACUCUAGUAUGAGUUAUGAUGGCUGCACGUCAACGCCCAGCAGCAGCACUCAGGGGAGAGUGUCGGGGGCCCACCGCGAAGACCAGGACCCACAGGGCCUGAGCGGGCAGAACGCCGACCAGCCGGGGCCCCACGCCUCGCCACAGGAGCCGAGCAGCGGAGACGAUGGCGGGGGUCAAAGGGGACCUAGUUCGGACGAGAUGGAGGGCAUGUCCAGCGGGAACGACUCCGGCGAGCGGGAGAGUCACCCGCGAUCCUGCGGACACCAGUCCUCACGGAGCUCCCACAGCUCCUCCAACGGGAAGGACUCCGGGAUGAUGCUGGAGACCACGGAGAGCAACAAGAGCUCCAACUCCCAAAGCCUGUCCCCCCCUGGGGGCUCUCUGGCCUACAGCCUGCUGUCCACCAGCUCCGAGCACGACCCCCCCUCCACGUCUGGCUGCAGCAGCGACCAGUCGGCGAGGCUGCAGACGCAGAAGGAGCUGAUGAAGGCCAUCAAGGAGCUGAAGCUCCGCCUGCCGGCCGAGCGCAAAGCCAAAGGCCACUCCAGCACUCUGAGCGCGCUCAAAUACGCUCUCCAGUGCGUCCGACAAGUCCGAGCCAACAAGGAGUACUACCACCAGUGGAGUGUGGAGGAGUGUCAUGGCUGCAGCCUGGACUUGUCUGCCUUCACGGUUGAAGAGCUGGACAACAUCACGUCAGAGUACACCCUAAAAAACACGGACACCUUCUCCAUGGCCGUGUCCUUCCUGUCAGGGAAAGUCGUCUACGUGUCGCCGCAGGGCUCGUCCCUGCUGCGCUGCAAGCCCGAGUGUCUCCAGGGGACCAUUUUUUCAGAGCUCCUGGCACCCCAAGACGUCAGCACCUUCUACAGCAGCACGGCGCCCUGCCGCCUGCCCCCCUGGGCAUCUUGCAUCGGCUCAGCCUCCCCUCCCGCCGACUGCACCCAGGAGAAGUCCAUGUUCUGUCGCAUCAGCGCCGACCGCGUGCAGGGCGGCGAGUUGCGCUACUACACGUUCCGCCUGACGCCGUACCAGCUCACCCUCCGAGACUCGGACGCCGCAGAGCCGCAGCCCUGCUGCCUGCUCAUCGCGGAGAGAGUCCACUCGGGAUAUGAAGCCCCCCGGAUCCCCCCGGACAAGAGGAUCUUCACCACCAGCCACACUCCCAGCUGCCUCUUCCAGGAAGUUGAUGAGAGAGCCGUGCCACUGUUAGGUUACCUGCCCCAGGACCUGGUGGGGACCCCCAUACUGCUCUACAUCCACCCAGAGGACCGGCCCACAAUGGUCGCCAUCCACGAAAAGAUCUUUCAGUUCGCAGGGCAGCCCUUCGACUAUUCACCUUUGCGGAUGUGCGCCCGCAACGGGGAGUAUCUGACCAUCGACACCAGCUGGUCUUCAUUCGUCAACCCCUGGAGCAGGAAGGUGGCGUUUGUCAUCGGACGCCACAAAGUCAGAACGAGUCCUCUGAAUGAAGACGUGUUCGCGCCGCAGCCAGGCUACGAGACUCAGGUCACCACGCCGGACAUCGUCCAGCUCAGCGAGCAGAUCCACCGCGUCCUGGUGCAGCCGGUGCACAGCAGCAGCUCCCAAGGCUACAGCUCGCUGGGCUCCAGCGGCUCGCGCGGUUCCCGCCGCUCCCAACAGCACCACCACAGUGCCUCCGCAACGUCGUCCAGCGACAGCAACGGCCCCGCUAUGGAGGAAGCCGCAGUCGCCUCGUACAAACCCAUGACCUUCCAGCAGAUCUGCAAGGACGUCCACAUGGUCAAGACCAACGGGCAGCAAGUCUUCAUCGAGUCCCGUAACCGGCCUCCACCCCGAAAACACGCUGGCACAGGCGCAACAAGAGCUGUCAACAGCGACCCGAUCAGAGAGCUGAUCGCAGACGUGACGCAACCACGCAAAGCUUUGGUCCCCGCACAGCUGGUGCAGAAGGAGGCCACCACGGGGUACUCCUACCAGCAGAUCAACUGCCUGGACAGCAUAGUCAGGUACCUGGAGAGCUGUAACAUUCCCAACACCGUCAAAAGGAAGUGCGGCUCCUCCUCCUGCACCGCCUCCUCCACGUCCGACGACGACAAACAGCCGGACGCCGGCUGCAGCAACAAAGGUGGUUCAGUAAACCUUGUAGGUGAACCACCUCCUCUGCCUCCUCUGACCAUGGCGGCCAAGGCAGAGAGUGUAGCCUCAGUUACGUCUCAGUGUAGCUUCAGCAGCACCAUCGUCCAUGUAGGAGACAAGAAACCUCCCGAGUCAGAUAUAGUCAUGGAGGAUGCUCCUAUAGUUCUGGCUCCUCCUCCUCCUCCUCCUCCCCCUCCUCGUAUACUGACUCCUUCCACCGUCACCACCUCCACCUUCACAUCCGUGCCCCCCGCCAGCACCGCCGUGACCCCGUCUGUCCCGACCUCACAGACUGUACAGCCAGAAAGGGAGAGCUGGAGAGGCGGCGGCGGCGGUGGGGGAGGCGGCAGCCGCUUUGGGCUGACCAAAGAGGUGCUGUCGGCUCACACCCAGCAGGAGGAGCAGGCGUUCCUCGACCGCUUUAAGGACCUGAGUAAGCUGCGGGUGUUUGAUCAGACGGCGUCUUUGGCGGCGCGCUGCCAUGUCCCCGCCGCUCUGCCGAGAGGCGUGCGCUGCUCUCGGGAUUACCCCGCCGCAGGAGGCAGUAGCGCCCACCGACGGGGGCGGGGUGGAAAGCGGCUAAAGCACCAGGAGUCGUCAGAGCCGCACGCCUCCCCGGGCGCCAGGGGAAACCGCCAGGACAGCCGAGUCGGCGCCGCCCCCAUGCCAAUCUCCAUGGGGGUGGGGGCCGCUGCAAACUCCUCCUCCUGGCCCUCCGCCGGCUCCCAGGCCAGCAUGCCCCCCGCCCCCUUCGCCCCGGGAAUGUUCCCUAUCUACCCCAUCUACCCGCCGAUGGCGCAGCCCCUCACGGAUCUGUCUCGCUUUCCCCCCACCCCGACGGUCCCCCCGAUGAUGGCUCUCGUCAUGCCCAAUUACAUGUUCCCCCAGAUGGGGGGUCCGAUGCCUCAGCCCGGUCUGCCCCCAGGACAGUUCUACAACCCCAACUACACGUUUAGCUGGAGGAGUCGCCAAGCAACCGGCUCGAGGUCGCCACGGCGCUGGCCGCCUCCCAGCAAGCCACGCCCUCCGCGCAGGGCAGCGUGCCAGCCGGGGGCCAGAGCUCGGCCAAUCAGAGAAGCUCCGACGACACUUCCAAGGAGAACGGUGAGGCCAACGAGUCCAACCAGGACGCCAUGUCCACCUCCAGCGACCUCCUGGACCUGCUGCUGCAGGAAGACUCCCGGUCCGGCACCGGCUCUGCCGCCUCCGGAUCCGGCUCCUCCGGCACCAGAUCUUCAGGUUCUGGUUCCGGCUCCAACGGCUGCAGCUCGUCUGGAACCAGCGGCACCAGCAGCAGCCAGGGAAGCCACACCAGCAAGUACUUCGGCAGCAUCGACUCCUCGGAGAACGACCACUCCCGCAAGCAGCCAGCAGGGGGCGGCGGCGGCGGUGCCGGCAGCAGCAGCGCCGGAGGAGACGGCGGGGAAGAGCAGUUCAUCAAGUGUGUGCUGCAGGAUCCCAUCUGGCUGCUGAUGGCCAACACCGACGAAAAGGUCAUGAUGACGUACCAGCUGCCCGUCAGGGACAUGGAGACGGUGCUGCGGGAGGACCGUGAAGCCUUGAGGAACCUGCAGAAACAUCAGCCUCGCUUCACAGACGAGCAGAAGAAAGAGCUGAGUCAGGUCCACCCCUGGAUCCGGACAGGCCGCCUCCCCCGAGCCAUCAACAUAUCGGGCUGCGCCGGCUGCAAGUGUCCGCCGGCGGUGCCGACCGACGCCCCCUUCGACGUGGAGAUCCACGAGAUGGAGCUGUGCACCGUGCUGAAGGCUCAGGAGGAGAGCUUCAAGAAGAACGCUGACGAGGAGGACGAGGAGGAAGAGGAGGAGAAGGAGGCCAAAGCGCAGGACAGUAAUCAAGCUGCAGCCGCAGAGGAGCAGAGUUUGAGAUCCGAAACGUUGGCGGGAGAGACUUAAACAAGAACCUCCCGGAGCUCCACGGGAGCAGAACAUUCCAGAAAACUGACGGAUCAGGAGGGACAUUUUAGGGGGUCGAUCUCCUUGGAAACCUCCAGAAAUAAACACUCGGUUUUAGAGAGUGAAUCACACGAACACCUUUGAGCUGUUCUUGUAGUUUUAUUUAUUGAAGUUGUCCUCAUGAGAGGAGAAUCUCCUCACCGGUGGUUUUUUAUCUCCAUGUUUAGCUUGUAAACAAAGUUUUCAUGUUUGACCUUCCUUCCUACUGAAUGUUUCUGCUCUUAUUUUCAUCCUGUAAGGAUAUCUAUGUAUAUAUAAAAAAACAAAAAACAAUAUUUUCUCCUUUUUUUUUAUAAAGAAAAGUUCUGACCCGAAUGAAACAACAGAGCACUUAUCAAAGAAAAUGUACAGCGGAAGUCACAAGUUAUUAUAUGUAUAUUUUUGUACUUGAAUUCCCUGCAAAUCAGAAAAUUCUAACAAAAAAAGUGUUUGUUUUGCAGAAAGAAAACGUUUUUUAGGAGAAUAAGAGGGAACUUCCAUGAUGUCAGUGGAACAUCAGUGCAGUCGCUUUAUAUGAGCACUAGAAGACUGAAAUUAAAGACCCACUCCCAUCCUC